AUGAUGCAGCAGGACGAGUCAAACUCUCCAGUCUCCCCCGCCGACGACAGCUUGAGCAACAGCGAAGAGGAGCCGGACCGGCAGCAGCUGCCCAACAACAAGAGAGGGGGGCGCAAGCGCCGCUCCAGCCGCCGCAGCGCCGGCGGCGCCGUCGGGGCCGCGGACGAGCCGUGCAGCCCGGCCCAAGGCAAGCGGGGCAAGAAGUGCGGGGCGGGCGGGGGCGGCGGCGGCGGCGGCAGCAGCAGCGGCGGCGGCAGCCCCCAGUCCUACGAGGAGCUGCAGACCCAGCGGGUCAUGGCCAACGUGCGGGAGCGGCAGCGCACGCAGUCGCUGAACGAAGCCUUCGCCGCCCUGCGGAAGAUCAUCCCCACGCUGCCCUCGGACAAGCUGAGCAAGAUCCAGACCCUCAAGCUGGCGGCCAGGUACAUCGACUUCCUCUACCAGGUCUUACAGAGCGACGAGCUGGACUCCAAGAUGGCAAGCUGCAGCUAUGUGGCCCACGAGCGGCUCAGCUACGCCUUCUCGGUGUGGAGAAUGGAGGGCGCCUGGUCCAUGUCCGCAUCCCACUAG